CAAAUAUGUCAAAACUACAAACAACUUGUCGGUCGGUCGAUGAAAAAAUUACCGAUAUUGUAUUUUUCGCGUAAAGUAGUGCAUUUUAUAUUAAUUCAAGUGUUGCUUUUUGAUAGUGCAUUAUGGACAGCGAUCUAGAGCAACAACAAACCAAUGGUUCAAUGGUACCACCGCCAAUGCCCUCUGCUGAACUGUUGACCGGUGAUUUCGAGGAGGUCGACGGGGAAUGGCCCGGACAGAUGGAUCCCAUGGUAGAAGCAGAGCAAGAAAGUGAACAAGCUGACCUAUCCCCAGCCGACGACCAGCCGCAGCUGGAGGAAGAAGAAGAGGAGUCACAACGGUCGGUACUGUCGCCCCCACCGUCGCUAAUGUCCUUGGAAGUGGAAAAUCCCGAUGAGAGCGAGAAACGACAGGCCGAACUCGUCCUUCCCAAGGCGCUCGAGGAUGUACUAGCACUGAAAACUAUACGCGCUCAACAGCUCGAUGCAGAGGACACUCUGGACAGUCCUGGAGCUGUCCUGCCGGGCUCGUCAUACCUUGAAGGUGAAGGGGCAGUGGAAUCGGAUGACGAAAAUGCUAACGAGCCGCCACUGGUCGACGGUGAGGGAGACGAUUCAUCGCUUCAAGAGCCGGACCAGGGUCUAAACCGGGUUGAAGGAAAACAGGACAAAAAUCGAAGAAAGAAAAAACGAAAGAAGGAAAAUAGAAAGGCACGCCGGGAGCAGAUGCAAAAGGCCCACGAACAGCGCCUGCAACAUCAACAGCAACAGCUGGAAAAGCCGUCAAAACUAACGGUCCCGGGGAAAAAAGGGCCUGGCUCGAAGAAACCACCAACCAGCCAAGAGUCACAGGAAGACGUUGUGGAGCAUUCGGAAGAAGAAGCGCGUGCUGAUACCGACAACCCGCCCUCGGGAGAUGAGGAAGAGGGCGCAGAUAAGGAGAAAAGUAUGAAUAACUUGAACGGUCGCAAGCAGAAGGCUUCGGAUGACGACGAGGAAAAUAAAGAGGAUGAUCAGCAAACCAAUGGAAGGAAGCAUACCGAGGGCGAUGAGAUGGAAACGGAGGAGCAGAAAGAUGAGAGUGCAGAGAAUGAUAAAGAACCGGUUCACAUAAAAUCACGCAAACAACGUUCGGUGAAAGGGAAGAAAGGGGCGAAAGAAGUCGUUGCAGCUACAAAACAGGAUGACCCACUGGAGGGUAUCGAGAUAGAGUACGUCCCGGAGAAGCUGUCCUUUACCGACCUGGAUCCGAUGUAUCGACAGUUCUAUCAGGUGUUUGAAAUCUUCAAGCUCGACACCAAAUCGAAGGAUUCCCUGCGCGCUGGUGAAGAUGCGGAAAAGGAGCGGGCGGCCGCCGAGGCGCAGCGGAAAGCGGAAGAGCGAAACGAAGACGAUGAUGACGACGACGACGACGACGAUGACAUGGGCGACGACCGGGACGAUAAGGAUGACAAGGAGAAAAUCUCCAAGCGGAAGCUGAAAAAGCUGACCCGCCUUAGUGUGGCCGAGCUGAAGCAGCUCGUUUCACGACCGGACGUGGUCGAAAUGCACGACGUGACCGCGCGCGACCCGAAGCUGCUGGUUCAACUGAAGAGCCACCGAAACACGGUACAGGUGCCGAGGCACUGGUGUUUCAAGCGCAAGUACCUCCAGGGCAAGCGCGGUAUCGAGAAGCCACCGUUCGAUCUGCCGGCGUUUAUAAAAAAGACGGGCAUCAUGGAGAUGCGCGCCUCGCUGCAGGAGAAGGACGAGGCGAAAACGCUCAAGGCGAAGAUGCGCGAACGGGCGCGGCCGAAGAUGGGCAAGAUCGACAUCGACUACCAGAAGCUGCACGAUGCGUUCUUCAAGUGGCAGACGAAGCCACGCAUGACCAUCCACGGCGAUCUGUACUACGAAGGGAAGGAGUUUGAGACGCGCCUGAAGGAAAAGAAACCGGGUGACCUUUCCGAGGAGCUGCGCAUUGCGCUCGGCAUGCCGAUUGGGCCUGCCUGUCACAAGAUCCCUCCACCGUGGCUGAUCGCCCAGCAGCGUUACGGACCACCGCCGAGCUACCCGAACCUAAAGAUACCGGGACUAAACGCGCCCAUUCCGGAGGGUUGUUCUUUCGGGUAUCAUGCCGGUGGCUGGGGUAAGCCACCGGUGGACGAAAGCGGAAAGCCACUGUACGGCGACGUAUUCGGGAUGGCCGGCAUAGACGGCGAGGGUGGCAUGGGCGAGGAGGAAAUCGAUAGAACCGUUUGGGGCGAGCUGGAGUCCGAGUCGGAGGAAUCGUCCGAGGAGGAGGAAGAUGAGGGUGAGGAUUUGGGAGGUGCGGGUGCACCACCGGACGAGAGUGGCCUGAUCACGCCAGCCGAAGGUCUGGUGACACCGUCCGGAUUGACCAGUGGCGUCCCAGCGGGCAUGGAAACGCCGGACACGAUCGAACUGCGCAAGAAGAAGAUCGAGAGCGAGAUGGAGGACAACGAGACGCCCGUGCUGUACCACGUGCUACCGGAGAAGCGAAACGAGCGCAUCGGAACGGCGAUGAUGGCUUCGACGCACGUGUACGACAUUGCGGCUGCCGGAGGUGGAGGAGGUGCUGCGGCGGCCGCAGCAGCAGCAGCAUCCGCAGCGGCAGCUGGCGGAGGAGGCCGUGCGGGACGAGGUGGGCAGCCAGUGGAUCGCGAGGGUAUGAUAGAGCUCGCACUCGAUCCCUCCGAGCUCGAUCUGGACAACGAAGCCAUGGCCCAACGGUACGAGCAGCAGCUGCGUGAACAGCAGAGCCACCUGCAGAAGGAGGACCUCUCGGACAUGCUGGCAGAGCAUGUGGCGCGACAAAAGUCAAAACGAAAACGACAGCAAACCGACACUACUAGCAAGCAAUCGAAGAAGUACAAGGAAUUCAAGUUCUAAAAAUCUCCAACCUCGGGGCACCUUCCGUUUUACUUCCGCGCUCGUGGUCUCCGUGUUUUCCCAGGCGAACUCUAUAACACACCGGUAUCGGUCGAUUGUUAUCGAUUGUGGCCAUCCAUUGAUAAGCAACUUUUAAUUUUUGUAUUCAUCAAACCUACCUAAGGUUCGACACGAGAAAAGUAAACAAGCAAACCUUACAUGAAACUAGAAAUAAAUUCCAUUCUUCCUUUCUUGUGUUACGAACAGAAAAGGGGUCCUAUAUAA